CUUACUCCUACGAGGUUUGUAAUAGGCACGAGAUGGCCCGUGUAGCGGAGCAAAAACUCCAGCCUAGUUGCCUCGGUGACGCGCUGACGGCGAGGAACGAUGCCGACAACCUCACCGAGCUCAUCCCGUCGCUGCCCGUCGAGAAGCGGCUAGUGCCGCCGCCCGCCGACAUGCAGAGGCGACAGUACCGUGGGUACUGGUUCCCCGAGUGGCACCUGUCGGCCCUGGCGGCAGUCCGCGAUCACUUCGAGCCCAAGCCAACGGACAUCUUCCUCGUGAGCUGCCCCAAGUCUGGCACCACAUGGCUUAAAUCUCUAGCCUUCGCCACUGUGCACCGGCACGUCCACCCGCCAUCCAGCCGGGAGCACCCUCUGCUCCACCAAAACCCGCAUGGCUGCGUCAAAUUCAUCCACGCAAUCUAUCGGCAACCGGUCGAUGUUGUGCGGGGCAUCAUCGAGGCGUACCCUUCCCCGCGUAUCUUCGGCUCCCACUUCCCAUUGUCCUUGUUGCCGGAGCGCAUCAAUGAUGAUGAUUGCGGGUGCCGGAUCGUAUACAUCUGUCGGGAUCCCAAGGACGUGGUCGUCUCGUGGUGGUGGUUCAUGCGCACCUACCUCCCAAACCCCGAGCAGGUCCAGUUCGAGGAGGUCUUCGAUUUGUUUUGCGAGGGCCGCACAGGUGCGGGCCCUUAUUGGCGCCACGCCCUCGAGCAUUGGGAGGAGAGCCGGAGAAGGCCCCACAAGGUGUUGUUCCUCAGGUACGAGGAGAUGCUACGAGACCCGCAAUGCAAUCUUAGGAGGCUGGCGGAGUUUUUGGGGUGCGCAUUCUCCGAGGCGGAGGAGAAGGCCGGCGUCCUAGAGGCCAUCUUGGAGUUGUGCAGCCUUGGCAAGCUAAAGAAGCUGGAGGUGAACCAGAGCGGCAACCGGAUUAAUGACGAACCCAUGAUGAACGAUUCCUUCUUCAGGAAGGGGGUGGCCGGUGACUGGAUCAACCACAUGACGCCAGAGAUGGCGGCAAGGCUCGAUGCAAUCGUCGAACAGGCGCUGCAAGGCACCGGAUUUGACUUCGGCAUCUCCAUGCCACAGUAAUCAAUCGUGUAUUCCUACACAUAUCUCCUGGUAGCCCCGAGGGAACUGUGAAGGCAUUCUAUACCGUCACGAGGCAUAUCCAAUGUGCAUCAUCUUGGGGUUCUUAUUUUCCUUUUUGUAAGCCAAUUCAUCGGCAUCAAUGUUUGGCUUGCUUGGCAUUGUCAUUCAAUAAUCAAUAAUGUAUGAGUGUGUGCAUGCUGUUGGUGUCCUCUUUCUCAAUGAAAAAGUAAAACAUCUGUGGUUUGUCGUGGAAAAGAAACA